CCUCUGAUCCUGUGUCAUUUCCGCCCCUGGCUGAGUUCCAGGCUCCGGCUGGUGCCCCAGCCUCUCACUGCAUUUCACAUGUGUCAGUGCAGAACAAUGGACAGCGGGUCCUCAGUGCUCUCUUGUUGACUGAUGGAGGGACCCACAGGUCAGAACUUCAGGCAGAGUCAGGAAGUUUGCCUGGGAAGUUCUCGGUCCAGAGGUGGAACCUGGAAGCCCAGAUGAUCCUGUCUAAUUCCACGGCGGUGAUGCCCUAUCUGACCACGCUGUGGCGGGAGCUAGUUCAACAGGGCAUCAACGCGUCCAGCCUGGCCCGCAGGGCUCCCGCCCGCGACGACAGCCAGCUGGCCGCGCUCUACAUCCUCAUGGUGCUGGGCUUCUUCGGCUUCUUCACCCUGGGCAUCAUGCUGAGCUACAUCCGCUCCAAGAAACUGGAGCACUCCCACGACCCGUUCAACGUGUACAUCGAGUCGGACUCCUGGCAGGAGAAGGACAAGGCCCUCUUCCAGGCCCGGGUUCUGGAGAGCUGCAGAGCGUGCUACGUGGUGGAGAACCAGCUGGCCGUGGAGCAGCCCAACGCACACCUGCCUGGGCUGCCACCUUCCCCCUGAGCCCCACAGCCUCGCUGGCGCGGGACGAGCCCCCACGACAAUCCGAGUUCUCUCAUAUUCCUUUUUGUCUGGGUGCCAUUGGAUUUCUUUUGCUCUUUUAGGGGUGCAGGGUGGAUUAAUGACACUCCUUUUCUAAAAUCGAAAUAGACCGUCAAUUAUUCCCCAGAA